UGGGUCACCAUCUAUCUAUAUCUCUCUGUUGUUUUCAAAACCUCACCUCAGUCCUCACACUCUCUCACUGUUCUUUCUUAAACCCUUCUCUAAAUCUCUCUCUCUCUGAUCAAAACCUUGAAAUGGAUACUACUCUUAUACGCAUUAACUUCCCAUAGUCUCUCUCUCUCUCUCUCUCUCUCUCUCAUGGAAGCCAUUCUCUUCUCACUUCCCCCAACCAAUCCUUUCACCUCCCAUUGCCCACCUCCAUGUGGAACCCCUUCUUUUUCUUCACUCACCAGUAAACGCCGCAUUAGAAUCCAAAGACCUCCCACCAAAUCCUUCACAAAACCCACAACUUUCUUACCCUUUGCCACCCAUUUCAGUUCCAUUACCUUCCCAGAAGCUUCCAGGGGCUCUAAAUUCAAAAACCCAGCUGCAAAUUCAGCUACAGAAGCCUCUAGCAGCUCAAAUUCCCAGUGCCCAGAAUAUGAAUCAGUGCUAGAAGUUUGUAGCAGCUCAAAUUUCCAAUACCCAGAUAAGAAAAAUGUGAAUUUGAUUGUGAAUUAUGUGAAUUUUGAUAAAAGUGUACUACAAUGCAUUGCAAAGCCUAUAGUGUACUCGUUGUUUUGUAUUUUGAUUGGUUUCUUUCCAAUUCGGGGAUUAAGAGUGUGCGCAAUUGCUGCUCCGGUGGCUACUGAAGUUAGGAUAGAUAGAAAACAGAAUGUGAAAGAGGGAUUGAGUUCAGUGAGUUCAAAGGGGCACGAGUACUCAGAGUACACUCGGAGGUUGCUAGAGACUGUGUCAGUGCUAUUGAGGAGUAUAGAGGAGGUUAGGAGGGGGAAUGGGGAGAUAAAGGAAGUGGAGGCGGCAUGGGAGGCAGUGAAGUUGAAGAAAGAGGAGUUGCAAAAGGGGAUAAUGAGUGAGCUAUAUGCGGAGUUGAGGGAGUUGAGAAGAGAGAAACAGGGGUUCGAAAAGCGGGGGGAUCAGAUUGUGGAUGAGGUGGUGAAGGCCAAGAAUGAGCAUGAGAGAUUGGUGAGGAAGGCGGAGAAGGAGAAGAAGAAGGAGAGGGUGGGGGUGGAGAGGUUGGAAGAGAGUUUGAGGGGAUUGGAAGAAGAGUAUAAUGUGGUUUGGGAGAGGAUUGGGGAUAUUGAGGAUCAAAUGGCGAGGAAGGAGACAGUGGCUAUGAGUUUUGGGGUGAGAGAGCUUUGUUUUAUUGAGAGGGAAUGUGAGCAGUUGGUGGGGAGGUUUACCCGGGAAAUGAGGCAAAAGGGUACUGACAGUUUGCCAAAAAGGCCACUUUCCAAACUUUCAAAGUCUGAUAUUCAGAGAGAUUUAGAAAGCGCACGGAGAAAACAUUUGGAGCAAAUGAUUCUGCCUAGUAUCUUGGAGCGCGAAGAUCUUGGGCCUUUCAUUGAUCAAGAGUCAGUGGAAUUUGCGCAACGUAUAAAACAAGGUCUUGCAGAUUCAAGGAAGCUACAAAGAAGUCUGGAAGCUCGUAUAAGAAAAAAUAUGAAGAAGUUUGGUGAUGAAAAGCGUUUUGUUGUAAACACACCCGAAGAGGAAGUGGUGAAGGGUUUUCCAGAAGUUGAGUUGAAGUGGAUGUUUGGAGAUAAGGAAGUUGUGGUUCCCAAGGCUAUGGGCCUCCAUUUAUACCAUGGUUGGAAGAAGUGGCGUGAAGAGGCGAAGGCAGACUUAAAAAGAAAUUUGUUAGAAAAUGUUGACUUUGGUAAACAGUAUGUGGCGCAAAGACAGGAACGUAUUCUGCUGGACCGAGAUAGAGUGGUGUCAAAGACCUGGUAUGAUGAAGAGAAAAAUAGGUGGGAAAUGGAUCCGGUAGCUGUUCCAUAUGCUGUGUCCAAGAAACUAGUGGAACAUGCCCGGAUUAGGCAUGAUUGGGCUGCUAUGUAUAUUGCACUAAAAGGAGAUGACAAGGAAUAUUACCUUGACAUUAAGGAGUUUGAAGUGCUAUUCGAGGAAUUUGGAGGGUUUGAUGGGCUAUAUAUGAAAAUGCUUGCCUGUGGUAUUCCAACUACUGUUCACCUGAUGUGGAUACCUUUUUCAGAGCUGGACUUCCGUCAACAGUUUCUCUUGACUCUAAGGCUGUCUCAUCAAUGCUUGAAUGGGUUGUGGAAGACUAGAAUUGUAUUGUAUGCAAGGGACCGGGUUUUUGAGGAAAUUAGAAAUUUAAAUGAUGACAUAAUGAUGAUGGUUGUGUUUCCUGUUGUGGAUUUUAUAAUCCCUUACCCGGUAAGGAUGCAGUUGGGGAUGGCAUGGCCAGAGGAAAUAGAUCAAGCCGUUGGCUCAACAUGGUACUUGAAAUGGCAGUCUGAGGCAGAAAGGAAUUUCAAAUCCCGAAAAAGAGAUGACACCCAAUGGUUUCUAUGGUUUUUGAUUAGAAGCUUUAUAUAUGGAUAUGUUUUGUUUCAUAUCAUCCAGUUUAUGAAUAGAAAAAUUCCACCACUCCUUGGUUAUGGGCCUUGGCGUGAAAAUCCAAAUUUGCGGAAGCUGCAGAGAGUGAAAACCUAUCUAAAGUAUAGGGUGAAGGGAAUCAAAGAUAAGAAAAAAGCUGGCUUUGAUCCCAUAAGGACUGCUUUUGAUGGAAUGAAGAGGGUGAAGAAUCCGCCAAUAGCAUUGAAGGACUUUGCUAGUGUUGAGUCCAUGAGAGAGGAAAUCAAUGAAGUUGUAGCAUUUCUACAAAAUCCUAGAGCAUUCCAAGAAAUGGGUGCCUGUGCUCCUCGGGGAGUUCUUAUUGUAGGUGAGAGGGGAACAGGAAAGACAUCUCUAGCAUUGGCUAUAGCUGCAGAAGCUAAGGUGCCUGUCGUUAAAGUUGAAGCCCAACAGUUGGAGGCUGGACUCUGGGUUGGCCAAAGUGCAUCGAAUGUUAGGGAACUGUUUCAAACAGCACGGGAUUUGGCACCUGUUAUCAUAUUUGUGGAGGAUUUCGACCUCUUUGCUGGUGUACGUGGGCAGUUCAUUCACACUAAAAAUCAGGAUCAUGAGUCUUUCAUUAAUCAACUUCUUGUGGAACUCGAUGGGUUUGAGAAACAAGAUGGGGUUGUUUUGAUGGCUACUACGAGAAAUCUCAAGCAAAUUGAUGCGGCCUUACAGCGACCUGGUAGGAUGGAUAGAGUAUUUCAUCUUCAAAGGCCAACUCAAGCAGAGAGGGAAAAGAUAUUACACAAUGCUGCAAAAGAAACCAUGGAUAAUGACCUAAUUGAUUUUGUAGACUGGAUUAAGGUUGCUGAGAAGACUGCACUUUUGCGGCCCAUAGAACUAAAACUUGUUCCUGUGGCCUUGGAAGGUAGUGCUUUUAGGAGCAAAUUUCUUGAUACGGAUGAGCUAAUGAGCUACUGUAGUUGGUUUGCGACUUUUAGUGAUAAUGUCCCUAAGUGGGUGCGGGAAACCAAAAUAGUGAAGAAACUAAGCAAAUUGCUGGUGAAUCAUCUUGGACUGACAUUGACUAAAGAAGAUCUGCAGAAUGUGGUUGAUCUGAUGGAACCAUAUGGUCAGAUAACCAAUGGGAUUGAACUUCUAAACCCUCCUAUUGAUUGGACAAGGGAGACCAAGUUCCCACAUGCUGUUUGGGCUGCUGGUCGUGGUCUUAUUGCUCUUCUCUUACCAAACUUUGAUGUUGUAGAUAAUCUAUGGCUUGAGCCAUUGUCUUGGCAGGGAAUUGGAUGCACAAAAAUCACUAAGGCGAGAAAUGAAGGCUCUAUGAAUGCGAAUUCAGAAUCAAGAUCAUACCUUGAAAAGAAGCUUGUAUUUUGCUUUGGUUCAUAUAUUGCAGCCCAAAUGAUACUUCCUUUUGGGGAAGAAAAUUUUCUUUCUUCUGAAGAAUUAAAGCAGGCACAAGAGAUAGCCACACGUAUGGUGAUUCAAUAUGGAUGGGGUCCUGAUGAUAGCCCUGCAAUUUACCAUCAUAGUAAUGCGGUUACAGCUUUAAGCAUGGGGAACAACCAUGAGUAUGAGAUAGCAGCCAAAGUUGAAAAGAUGUAUGAUCUAGCAUAUUGUAAAGCAAAAGAAAUGCUUCAAAGAAAUCGUCAAGUUCUUGAAAAGAUUGUUGAGGAAUUGCUUCAGUUUGAAAUCUUGACUAGAAAGGAUUUGGAAAGAAUGGUUGAAGACUAUGGUGGGAUACGAGAGAAAGAGCCAUUUUUUCUUUCAAAAUCUUAUGAUAUUGAGCCAUUGUCUGUCAGCUUUCUUGAUGGUGGGAAUACAACCGGGACUGCUCUUUUAAGUGCACCAACAUCAGACUAAGUUCAAUAAAAUAUAUGGUUCUGAAGCUGACAUCUACUAUAGAUUCAAAUUUGAUUCCUAGUUUUUGCUUAUACAGCAUUGAUGGAUUUUUUUAAUGGUGCAGUAUAUCCCUUUUUAGCAUGGGAGAUAAUGAUGUAAACUAGUUGUACAUAAAGUAAUUUUGGGUUGAGAAGAGGUGCCAUUUUUCCUUCUUAACCAUUGUUUAUUGUUUUAAUAAUGGGUUGAAAGUCCUUCCUGCUCUCUUUUCUCAACAGUGUAAUUUAGAUUCAUAGCAUUAACCAUUUUAAAAGCAUAUCUUGUUCUGCUUGUAAUGA